AUGACUAAGCCAUUGGAAGAUGAACAUGUUAUCGAACCAAAGUUGAAGCCGAAAAAAAGUUGGCUACAUGAAGGUUUAUCAGAGAAGAACUAUAAUGGAGGGAAAAGAGUUUACAACUUUAAAGCGCAGGGACAAAUAUAUCACGAUCUACCAUCAUUGAUCCCAAAGGAUGAGAAGCCACGGUACUUCCAGCUGUACUUCUACGAUACAGAUCAUGAAAUGGUUAACAGAAUGUCAAUACUAGAAGAUGCAAAAUUAUCAGAGGAACUCAUGGGUAAAAUUAGGAAAAUAAUGAACCAAAAUCCAUAUGCACAAUUCUUUAUGCAACUAAAACACCAUUCAAGUUUUCAAAACUUAGAAAUACGCAUAGCUGCAAAUGCUUCUUUAGACCAACGAGUGUACAAUAAACCUUCAGUAGAUCAGGUUGCGACAAUUUGGGUGGACGGAAACAAUCUAAAUAUCCCAUUUAAAAGAGAAAUUAUUGUACACGAACAUUCAGGGAACAAACAUCGAGUCAAACAUUAUUAUGGUUGUUAUGAUCCUCUACAAUAUCCAUUGAUUCUACCAAGAGGUAAAGGAGGUUGGCAUCAAGGAGUAGUGAAAAGUCGCAAUCCAAAUAUCAACAUUCCGACAUAUGCCACAACAACUGCCAACACAUGGGUUGGAUCAUAUGACACUGCAACAGAGAUUUUCAACAGGGAAGAACAAGGCAAAUGUAGAGGAGAGAAAGUUGGCCAAAGGGUCUUACUACCAGGAUCAUUCAUCGGAGGGCCGAGGGAUAUGCGAAGACGCUAUAUGGAUGCUAUGGCUUUGGUUCAAGAGUUUGGAAGGCCGGAUCUAUUUAUCACCAUGACAUGUAAUCCAAAAUGGACAGAGAUUCAAGAUGAACUAUAUGAGGGACAAGUCGUGCAAGAUAGGCCAGAUAUGGUGACCAGAGUAUUUAGGGAAAAAUUGCAAGACCUGAAAGAUCAAAUAUUCAAGAAAGAAAUAUUUGGCCCUAUAGCAGGACAUGUUUUUGUGAUUGAAUUCCAGAAGAGAGGCCUACCGCAUAUACAUCUACUACUAAUAUUAAAAGAAGGUCAUAAAAUAAGAUCAGCAGAUCAGUAUGACAAAUAUAUUUUGGCAGAAUUGCCCGCUAAGGACAAGCAGCCACAAUUGUAUGAAUUGGUAAUCAAACAUAUGAUACAUGGACCUUGCGGUGUAAGGAGAAAAUCAAGUCCAUGCAUGAAGGAUGGACAAUGUAAAUUUCACUAUCCCUGA